AUGGUACUUAUCGCAGUUGUGAUCGAUUGGAUUUGUAUUAUAUUAUUUGUACUGGGCUUUAUCGGUAAUCUUCUUGGCUUAGUAGUGUUUUCAUCGCGUCGUUUUCGUUGUUGUCCAACAUAUGCUACAUUAGCAUUAACAUCAUUUACAAUUAACUUAAUAUGUAUUGUACGCUAUUCAUUUUUACUUCAUUCAACGACUCGCCGUUGGCUGUCCGAUUACAUUGUUAGUGAAUAUUGGUUAACAUGUAAAAUCUAUCGUUUAUCAUCAUCGUUUCGUGUGCUUGCAGCAUGGAUAACAGUUUUUUGGGUUAUUGAAAGAUUUAUUUAUGUUUCAUCGCGUUUACAUUUAUUAUUUAAUCGUCGUGAUAAAUAUCAUACAUUUGACAAAUAUAAAUAUUUUUCUAUGAUAUGCAUUUCAUUAGUUAUGAUUUCCAUAGUGACAGGACCAACUGUUAUCUAUUUUGCACCAAACUUAGCACGUUUUAAUGAAACAUAUACACACAUACAAUGUACAUUUAACAGUGAGUAUACAUCGUUAAUUUGGCAAAAUUAUUUUCACGAUUCAACAUUCGGCAUUAAUUAUCAUACAGUACGAUUUCUAUUUUCUGAAUUAAUUCCUUCGAUACUCGUUGCUCUAUUUAAUGUUGCUAUAAUUAUCUGUAUUUUUCGAACAACAAUUCAUGUUCGCAAACGACAAGAACAUCAACAUAAUAUUCAAUUAUCCAUGUCAAUGAUAACUGGUGUAACAUCAAAAUUACCGCCAGCUGUAGUACAUAUCUACGAUCCAAGUCAACAACGAUUCGGUUCGAUGACACGUUGUUCAUUUAAAACCUCUCCGAUGCCAAUAGCAAAUGUACCAUUCGGUAAAAUGUCAUGGAUGAAUAUUGUUUUGAUACUACAUUCAUUACUAUUUUUUCUAUCAUCAAGUCUAACAUCAUUAGUCUAUUUUACAACAUCAGAUAAAGUACUUGCACAUUGUAUAAGCGUUAUUAUAUUGGCUAAUUGCUCACUAAAUUUCUAUAUAUAUUGUUUAAGUGGAAGACAAUUUCGUAUGGAAUUGAAACGUAUUGCUAAGCGUUAUAUAAGAAAUUUACAUAAAAUAGUUCUACGGCGAUGUUAUAAAUCCAAUAGUCGUCGUCAUUCAAAUACACAAAAUGGGAAAGAUCAUGUCUAUCAAGCAGUUCCACAGCAACAAGAAGUACCUAUGCCAAAUCUAAGACCACAUAGAACGAUUGAACGCAUAAAAAUAUAA